AUGGCCGCUGAUUCUGCUACUAACCUCCACAUCUUCUCACCUACAGGCUCCGGCCGCUCCAGUCCUGCCCCCCGGGCUUCGCGCAAUGCCGUUGAAGAGCCUUUGUACAAAAAAGACAAGGGAUUCCGACGAUAUGCCGCUGGUGUUGAGCGCGCCCUCGCCCUUUGGGAUACUGCCCAGCAGGAAUGGGCCGACUAUAUUUCUUUCCUCGCCAGGCUGCUCAAGGCCUUGCAAGCGCACCCUUCAGAGAUACCCGUUAUCCCCCAUAGCGAUACAGUUGCACUGCGAUUAGCGCAGUGCUUGAAUCCAACAUUGCCCUCGGGCGUCCACCAGAAAGCCCUCGAAGUCUAUGACUAUAUCUUCUCUACCAUUAGUAAAGACGCCCUCGCCCGUGAUCUGAGCCUUUAUUUCCCCGGCCUUGCCUCUGUACUAUCUUUUGCCUCGCUUUCGGUCCGCCCACUCUAUCUCUCUCUCUUCGAAACGCACAUUUUGAAGCUCGACGGAGCUGCCCUUCGACCAGCCUUGAAGGCCAUCAUACUCUCGCUGCUUCCUGGUCUAGAGGAUGAGACAAGCGAGGACUUUGAGCGCAUGGUGUCAGCAACCGAGAAACUGCGCAAUACUUUUCAGGAAAACUCAAACGAGGCAACUGAAUCGAGGACAACUAGUGGCUCGUCGCAUUUCUGGCAGUGUUUCUUCCUCGCUACCAUAACAAAUGCAUCCAGACGACAAGGUGCACUCGCAUUUCUCACACGUCACUUGCCCAAGUUCGGAAGUCCAGGUCGUCGGAAUUCUCCACAAGAUGCUUCAAUGCCUCCCGAAACCCUAUCGACCGAAGCAGAGGCAGCCACAUCCCCGGAGCCAGGUCUACUAAUCCGUUGCUUCGAAUCUGGCCUUUCAGACCCUCAAAUACUUAUACAGCGCGGAUUCCUUGACUUACUAGUCACUCACCUACCUCUUGACUCACCUGUCCUGCAAGAACGUGUCGGUAAAGCGGACUUGGAGCGACUGGUCGCAGCAGCGGCUGGUGUGGUAUCACGAAGGGACAUGAGUUUGAACCGCCGACUCUGGGCAUGGUUCCUCGGACCCGAGCCUACGGCAUCCGAGGCCAACGAAAGCGUCACUUCUCCAAUGUCGGAGAGUCACGGACCUGGAGACACUUCCGCCCACCAAGCUGCUUUCUUCUCGCGAUAUGGUCUUGAGGCACUCACAAACAGCGUGCUCAAAAUGAUUAAUCGACGUAGUGAAACCCCUGCCGAGCGAGCACGUCCUUUUAGAGUAUGUCUAUCGCUUAUGGAUCGUUGGGAGGUAGGUGGGUUGAUUGUACCUGAGAUUUUCCUCCCAGCAUUGCAGAGUGUCCACUCUUACAGCGAGGAUGCCUCAAGAGAUCAGGUUGACGAAGUGGUGAGAAGCGCCAGUGCAUUCUUUGAUGGCGUCGACAGCGGCUUGAUUUGGGGCAAGCUUAUCCACCUCAUCACAUCCUCUCUGCAGACAGGUCUGGCCUCUCAUAGUGAAGCAUUACGGAAGGUGAAGCUGACAAAGUUUAUUCUUGCACGUUUCAACCUCAAAGAAGAGGAUAUGCUAUUGUAUCACAUGCCUCUGAUGAUUCUAUCGACACUUAUACGCUUGAACGAGUCGUCCAACGCAGCGAGCAUUACAUCGGCGGAGAUUGAGGUCAGGAGUUUGGCUCUAGAGAUUUUAGACUCGCUUGUUCAGGUCGUACCAGACCGUUCAUUCCAGAGCGGUAAAGCAACGGACGAACAACUAUCUGAAGCCCUCAAGAUGACCCCCGCAAAUGUGUCUCAGAAACUCCAAGAGUUCUAUGAAGAAUCUCAAGGGAGCCUUGACGCGGCAGAUCUACCCUUUGAUCCAAGGCAACUGGGCCAAAUUGUUCUUCGUGAGGCUUCACGAAUGUUCAUUGGGGCUUUGCAAUCAAACAGCCCUCAAAACUCGGCCGAGACACCUUCCAGAAUCCUUGCGAGCUUGAUAUUCAAAACCCAGUGCACGAACGCAAUUGAAGAGACGGAUCUCCCAGCCGUAUUUGCAGAGAUUCUUCAAAAGCCAGCUGAUUCCGAGGUUGUCCCGCCGUUUUCACUAUUGAGCGCCAUAACCAGUGUCCUCCUGGCUCUUCAGACUGCACUUCCAUCGGGACCCUGCAUUACCUUAGACCAGUUGUCCGAGCUUGCAUACCCUCUAAUUGAAUACUUUUGGCAAUACCUUUCGCCAACAUUACCCAAGUAUCAUGUCGAGACAGCACGGUGCUUACUGCUACUGCACUCAAUGGCUCCAGCAAGUCGAAUGGUUGAGAGCGCCAUAUCGUCCAUAGUUGUAAAGCAGAUGUCCCAGGCUCCAGGAAUUGAGGGAUCCUCGAACUGCGGUCGACGAUUCGCCACACUCUGGGCACAUGUUAUGCAUGAGCUGAGCUUACAGUCAGAGAAGCGCCCAAGCACCACGCGACGACCAAGUGGCAACGCUCUUCCUGUCUCACUUCCUGCCAACGACUUCCAGGCCGUGUUGACAAGGCCGCUUCUUCUACUUCUAGACACAAUCGCGGACGAAGGUUCCGAAACGUCUACCUUUAUGCAAAGUUGGCUCCAUGAACUGCCGAGUCUGAACCGAAUUAUUGAAGUCCUUGCAGUUCACAUUCAGUCGAUGAACUGCUUGGCGGGUUCGAACAACCUGGCGCCUGAACAGGCCAAUCCAAGACGUUUACAGCUUUCGAAAAGAGAUGAUACCAAAGAGUGCUUGUACUACCUCAAGCACAUUGCUAAUGUUGUGAAAAACCCAUCACGCCUUACCUGGGCUACGCUUGCUGAAAUGAGUGUCGCUUGGUCAGAAGAUUCUACAUUGCGAGUGACGAUCCAAGAAUGGCUUGUACGUACUUGCUUGAAAACGCUGGCAAUUCAUGCUGGCGCUUCGGAAAAGGAUGCGGAGCCACACAUCCACGAGUUACACAGGCUAUCCGUCUCGGUCAUAUCGCAAAUCUACCGCAGUCCAUUUGCCACUCCACUUCGAGAUCUGGAGCUUGAAAUACCACUUAUGAACAGACUGAGAUCAGCAAAUCCAUCUUUGCAAAGUCUGAUAUUAGGUGCGGAGCUUGCUGCACUGAGACUCCGUCUUACUCGUCCGCAAGAACAGCCGGCUGAAGCCAAGACACUCAGUCCUCCUACAACGAAUCGGUCACGUCUCUCUUUGACCCUAAAUAGAGAGUCUGAAGACAAUGAGCCGGCACCUGUCCCGCCACCCCCUCAGCUAAUCGAAUGCCUGAAGUUUGGCUUCUCAUCACCAACUAGUCGCUUGGUUCUUGAGGAUUGGAUCCAUUUCCUUGUUGAGGUACUGCCAAUGUUUGCUGAUACCAUCUUCCAAAAUCUUCUUCCGCUUGUUGAAUGUCUUUGCCAGCAAAUCAACAUCACAUUCGAGCAUCUUAAAACGACCUUCUCAACGAAGGAGGCACCCCGCAUGAUAUCACCGGAAUCGACAUUGAUAUCGCUCAUGAAUGGUCUGGAGCAAAUCUUGGCCAAGGCACACGAACGUCUGACGACGCAGGAAACAAAGGUAUCAGCCAAUAAAACCCCUGAGCAGCCUCAAGGCUUCUUUAGCAAUGUGGUAUCUGGUGUUUUCUCUUCUGAGACUAAUCAGACACGCACUCCUACAGCCAACAGUAGACUAACAGUCCUGCUUUGCUUCCAAGACACUGUCCGUAUCUGUUUUUCCAUCUGGUCGUGGGGAGGCUACGGCCAAAGAAAAGAAGCACAGGAUCCUACAUCGGCAUCUUCAUUCGCGUACACAUCACUACGUAUGCGCAACCGAGCUCGCCGCACGCUGGAGCAUCUCUUUGGGGCCGAAGCAUUGGAAUGCCUCGAGACAUUGGCGGUGCAAUGGGCUCACGCAGCACUUGACGAUAUUCAAGGACCUGCAAUCAUGGGGUUGUUGAACGUGUUGAAUGGUUCCAAACCCAAGCACACUAUCCCAGCCAUCUUCAAUGCUGUCUAUAGUCGCACUGACCCCGGUGCCUUGGAUCCCAGCAGACUAUCUACCCUGACGUCUGAUCUUACCGACACGGAACUGGUUGCUUUCCUUGUUGAGUAUACGGAUUCUCUGGAAGAUGACGCCAUGGACGAGAUCUGGCAGGACUGCAUGCUGUUCCUCAAAGAUGUCCUCGCGAACCCUUUACCACAUCGACAAAUCUUACCAAACCUCUUAGAGUUCACUGCCGUCAUAGGGCAGAAGGUUGACAAUACUAACUUUGGGGAACAGCGCAGAAUGAGGAGGGAGCUCGCUGAUAUUUUUGCAAGAAUUCUUACUGCAAUCUUCACAACCCGCUCCAUGGGUUAUCUGCAAGAUUCGAGUCAGAGCACGGUUGAGAAGGCAGCUGCCACGACGAACGGAGGCCGUGCACAGAAACGAGCCACCGACGUUGUCUCUAUCCUCAGUACUGUCGUACCAAAAUUGCCAAUUAUCCUUGUUGAGAACGAUCGGGUGACAAAGGUGGUGUCGGAUAUAUCCACAUCUGUCAUUGGACCAACGUUCCGUGCCAAAGCUUUCCCUGAGAAUGUGUCGAGAAACAUGCUGGACCUGCUUCAAGGCCUUGUCAAGAUUUCACAAAACAACAAACUGGUCAAGAAAGAUAUUUUUGAUGCUUUCAAUGACGCAAAGUUCUUCAAUACGCCGCUUUCGUUGCUGAAAGAUGCAUGGGUGCCUAUUUUGGCACAGUGGACACAGUCGGACAAGGAACGUGUGCCAGAAUUGCUAUCGCGGCUGUCUGCACCUACGACUGCAGGGAUCAUGUUUGGUGUUGGGGCUACGUCGGCCAGGCAAGAGGCGGACCGAAAGACGCAGCUCACUCUACGACGCAUCGCGCUGCUUAUUCUGAGCAGCGCGGAAGACGCGUUUACGCCCAACAUAGCGCAGAUUGUUGAAAAGAUUGUGGAAUUGCUUACGGCCACACCGGCAUCGUCACCUUCAUCCACGACUCGGGCCGAGGUCAUUGUGCUGUUACGGGCGAUUAUUUUGAAGACAUCGCCAGUACACCUGGCGCCAUUGUGGCCGGUAGUGAACGGGGAAUUGACAUCGGGUCUGUCAGCCAUUCUGCCGGAUGCAGCUAACAAGGAACACUACAACAAUGCAGGCAUCAUUCAAAGCUGCAAGCUGUUGGAUGAGCUGGUUGUGCUGGAUCCGGAUGAUUUCCAGCUGAUGGAAUGGCUCUUCAUUACCGACACGAUUGAUGCAGUAUACAAGCCCGUCGAGCCGCCGGCGCUUAUGUCGCUCACUGAUGAAAUCAACGAAGUGUUGAGCAUGUCUUCGGCAGCGCCUGCAGCGCCUAUGAGUGGGCAACAUGGGUUGGACGGGGAUGAGCCCAAGCGGGUACUGCUUCUAGAUCCGCUGAUCGAGGCUCUGGAGAAGGAGGAGGGCGCAGCCGUUUUGGAGAUGACUAGGGGAGAGCUAGUGAAUCGAUUGGUCCGGCCGUUCCUGGGAAAUCUUGCGAUGAACGCUUUUGAAGCGAGGUACGGAGGUGGGAAAGCGGACUGGCGGGGUGUUUGGGAGAGCGUGGUUGCAGACGCAGGGUUUUGA